AUGUACUCUAUGGAACUAAUGGAUGAAUUUAUUUCUUUGCCUGUAAUUUUGGUGAGCGCAAGAGACCGGGAUGCGGCAAAUUAUGUAAUAGCAGAACUUAUAGAGGAUGAAUAUAAUUUAGCAAAUUGCGGCAAUCCUGAUAUUUAUCUGAGUCGUGUAUGGAGGCUCAUUAAUAAGUAUUAUACUGCAGAUGUGAGAUUCCAUAUAUUAGCAGAUGGCGAAGAGUUGAAUUCACAAAUAAAGGAUCUUGUUGAAGGACACAUUGUUUAUCUCACUGAAGAUGAGGUGACCAGCAGUUCUGCAAUAGAGUUGUUAGAACGACGUACAAGGAAUGGUAAAACUGCCAGCGUACGCAUUGUGGUGGCAGAGUCCGAAUUUGAAGAGGGUACUUUGAUUCGCGCAACCGCCACGCGGCGUUAUGAACUGAUACCUUAUCGCUCUGCUGCUGAUCCUGAUACGGGCGAAGCUUCCGGUCAUGAGCGUGCACGGGCAGCAUUCCAUGCGCAUGUCUGGCCUAACAUGAAAACACAAAAACAUCUAACCCUAGCUGUACCAGAUACUCCGGACGACAGCGAUUCGGAAUCGUGGUCGUCGUGGCAAGGCGCGAACGAACAAGACGACGACAGUGAUGAACGGUGGGUGGAGCGCGCGGAGGUGUUCGCGGCCGCGUUGGGGGCGUUGCCGGAAGCGGCGGCCGCGGCGCGCGCGGAACGCGACGGCAACCGGGCGGGGCGUUUGGCCCGCGCCGAACUGGUGCUCGCCGCGUUUUGCGAUGCGUUAGGCGAACCGUUAAAUAUGCCUCAGGACCGACUCGAUCGUGAACUGUAA